CACCAUGGCCGAGCGGCUGUCGGAGGAGAAGAUCGCCGAGUUCAAGGAGGCGUUCUCCCUCUUCGACCGCGACGGCGACGGCCGCAUCACCACCAAGGAGCUGGGCACCGUCAUGCGCUCGCUGGGCCAGAACCCCAGCGAGGCCGAGCUGCGGGACAUGGUGGGCGAGGUGGACGCCGACGGCAGCGGCGCCGUCGACUUCGCCGAGUUCCUGUCGCUGAUGGCCAGGAAGACGAGGGACACGGACGGCGAGGAGGAGAUCCGCGAGGCGUUCCGCGUCUUCGACAAGGACGGCAACGGCUACAUCAGCGCCGCCGAGCUGCGGCACGUCAUGACCAACCUGGGCGAGAAGCUGACGGACGACGAGGUGGACGAGAUGAUCAGGGAGGCCGACUGCAACGACGACGGCCAGGUCAACUACGAGGAGUUCGUGAGGAUGAUGACGGAGAAGUGACGGCCACCGCCGGCUCCGUCCCGCAGGAACAGAGGUUGUGGUGGUUCUCCCCCGGCCCCUCCAUCCCCUCCCACCUUCUCCACGUUGGAAAAAUCCUCUUUGAUCCCAGUUGGAGCGUCGCCAACGGGCGUCCGCAUCAGCUGUGGGAUGCGGAUGGAUUUGGGGUCCCCAUGGGAUGUCUCGUGUCUGUAGCCAUUCCAGAGGCCGCUGAAAAUUCCCUGAAUCCAAUAAAAACGUCCCCCCACAUCCUGGUGGCUGCUUCACUCAGCUUCCCCUUGGGAUCCCUGCCGGAAAAGAUUCCCUGAAAUCACCGUGCUGGCGUUCAAACCCCUCCUCAUCUCCAU